CUUCUUUUAACUCUAACCCUUUCCUUUCUUUACACCCUUUCCCUUCUUUUUCUUUUUCUUUUUUUUCAUAUAUAAAAAAAAUACCAACCCCACACAGUCACUACAAUCAUGAGCGAUAUUAUCAAUAACACCUCUUCUGCCUACCCCUCCUACGCCACAGUAAUGACCAUGAACCCUGCUAUGGUUAGAAAGCCUCAAUCACCCUCACCAGGAUAUGAAGAUAGUCGCCCAUCAUAUGGGGCCUAUCCAGACUAUUCCACUUUCCAACCUAUGCCUUAUUCUUCUGUGCCAGUUACGACAUAUCCCGUCAAUCAAUUUGGUACCUACUACACUGACCGCCCCGUGCAAAAGAAACAGCCCGACAGUCCCGACUCUUCUACGCCUCAGACACCUCCUACACAGUCUGCAUCAUAUGCUAGUCUGGUCUCCCAGCCAACCGCCAUCGCCCCCCUUGUCCCAUCGUCAUCUUUCUCAAACGCAACAGCCGAACGAGUCAAGGAAACCAUCGCACGCGCCAAUUCAGUCCCCAUGGAGUUCUAUCACACCGAGUUUCUCGAGUAUUCCAAAGAAACCUACGAAAAGAAGAUGAACGCCAAGCGACAGAAGCGAAAGAGAACCACUGUCGAUACACCCGGAGCCGGAGGAUCUUCCUCUGAAGACGAGACAUCAAACAAACGAAAGAAAACCUCAAUUGAAAAAUCACAACAAUUAUCAGACGACGAAGAAGACGAAGAUUCCGAUAGAGAAGAGCAAGUGAAUGGCGGUGUCAGCAGCACUGAGUUGCGCAGACAAAUCCACAUUCAGUCAGAGCAAAAGAGACGUGCACAGAUCAAAGAUGGGUUUGAAGAACUCAGAAAUCAUUUGCCUGGUUGCAAUAGUAAGAAGAUGAGCAAAGCCGCCCUCUUGACCCGCACUGUCCAACAAAUUGACCAUUUGAAGAAAGUACAAAACGACCUCUUGUCAGAAGUUGAGCGCCUUGCCCUUGAGAACGAGUCAUUGAAAAAGCAAGUAUUUGCACUAGAGAACCGAAUCAAUUGA